UUGUCCAAUUUUUAGAGUAACGUGCUACUUAAGUUACCGGUUAACGUUACACACCAGUUAGCAUAGCAGCAUUAACAAAAGUUAGCAUUAGCUAAUGUAACCGACGUUUGGAUGACAAAGUGAACAAUCCUUUUCGAGUUUCUCAACAAGCUUAAUCACCUUCAGUAACGUUACGCUCGGUCGGUUAGCACGUCCAAUUUGAAAAUGGAGAAAAGUAUUUGUAACGUUAGAGAAAAAUGCUUAUUAACGUUACUGUGCAUUCAAUUAACAACGUAAUUAAGCUUAGGAACGUCUCCAUUUUGUGGAUACGCUUUUUAGCACCUCUCUGUGUUCAUCUGGUCAUGUCAUCUAUAACGAAAAUGAUACCUUCAAAAGCUUCCAAGAUGACUACUUCUUCAGCAUCAAAGAUCAAAACUAAGUUUCUCAACACCUCCUCCUUCUUCAAGAGUUCCUUAAAGACCAACAACAAGGCCCUAGCACUUGCUUUGGAGGCCCAGAAGGAGAAGAACAGGGAGCUGGAUAUGAAGGUCGAGUGCCUGCAGAAAGAAGUGAAUGCUCUGUACGGUGAGCUGGCCAUCAGCAAAUACAAGGAGAGGAAAAUGCUCCUCAUCUUGAAAAAUUUCCAUAGCAGCACUCUGCGGCACUUUGACAUGGUGGCUGACCUGUUCCCUGACUGUGAGCUGCCUAGACUUUCUAAGGAUAACGAGAGGUUAUUUGGUGAGACCAACGAGGAGGUUUGUGCAGUUGCAAGUGAUAAAAACCAGUUACCUCCUUGGCCAGAAAUGUCAACUGAUCUGUUGUGUACCAGCAAAAAUAUAACAGCUGACCUGUGUAAAACAAACACAGAUGAGAAAGUCUUCUGUGUCCAGAGUAGAUCCACAGAGUCCAUUGAUCAUUACAAUGAUGCUGAAAAAAGACAUUCAGGCCGAUGUAUACAAGCUGCUCAGACAGAAACAUCCCAUCCACCCAGCAGCCCACAGGAUAAAGCUGAGAGGCUGUCAAUGAUGCCCUCUCUUUCUGGGCUUGAUAUGAAAUCGGUUCCCUGUCCUGAGAACAAUCAGCCCCCCCCAGUUGUCAGCACAUGGAAAAAAUCCAGAUCAAUUCUCGGUGAUAAUGUGAACCCUCUCUGUGGCUGGGUCCUGGAGACAGAGCCAGAACUUGGCGACAAACAAGAGAAGACUGUGCUUUUGAAUACAACAAUGGAGAUGACGAUAAGUAAUGCUACUGAGAUUGUUGUUGUGGAAACCAAGGCCAAAAAGGCAGGCCACUAUGGCAAGCCAAAAGGCAAGAAGAAGAAUAAGGAAAAAGACUGUGGGUCAAGCGUUGCUGAAAAGCCACAAAUGACAAAUUCUGCAGAUUCUAUGAUGAGUGAGGCUCAGCAGAGUGCUCCUUCUGACACUUUGGUAGAGACAGAUGUCCAUGCACUAGAGGAUAUUAGAGACCCAGAAAUUAUGAAGCAUCAGUCAGACAAAACAGACAACAGGAGCCUCAUUACCUCUCGUAUUCCAAAACUGAGCAAGUCUGAAGUUGGCAACCGUCAGAAAACAACAAAGCACAAUUUGAAACCCCAUGAUGACUCCAAGUCACAGACAGAGUCCUGGGAUGAUGUGUUACUGGAACUCGACGACUGUUUCAAGGAUCCUGAUAUUAAAUUCCCUAAACCUAGAAAAACUGUAAAAAUACCAGCAGAAAAAAAUAGUGCAGAAGAAGGAAGGUCCAAAAUCACAUUCCAGAGGUCCAGGACUCAAGGCAGGAGGAUGUCUUCAGCCAUUAGGAAAACAUUUGUCACUUUGCCAUCUUGUGAAAGUGAAAGGAGUCCAUCCAUGUUGGCACCACUUGACACUGAAGUAGGCCAAGAAGUUAAGGAAACGUAUGAAGCACACAAACAUCAAGAACAACUUCAAAAGUUUUGUGCAGAUGAGAUUGCACAUCCAGAGUCAGAACAUGGGGAGCAUCUUUCCCCUAGUGGCAAUAAACCACAGGGCAAAAUGGAGGCUGCUGCAAAUUCUGCAGGGAGUCACAAACCAAUAUGCAGAGGGACAUUUGUUGUCUCAGUCACUAUGGGUAGCAACUCAUCGAACAGCUUGAUGCCAGAAAUGGGCGUCAGAGACCAGGACUUCAUGCCUAGUGCAGGAUCCAGCUGUGAGGCAGAGGAACCAUCAGCAGUUAUCGAUACAGAUGUUGUUCAGCAACAUUCAGAAUCAAAUCCACACACACACAGUGACGGACCCUUUGUUGAGAGCACACAGAGCUCCUGUAAGCAUCCGUGGGUGGCUAAUGAGGAUUCAUGGAACUUUGAGAAGGGGUUGAGUAGAAGUGAUAACCAUGAAGUACCGCUGCCCAACUGGGACUGCACUUCAGAGACAGAGUUUCAGAAACCCAAAAGAACCAGGAGAGAAGCGUUGAAUCGACCCAGCAAGAAGAGAGGCAUGCAGAGGGAGAAGUGUGGUGACCCUUUGAAUCAAAAGAAAGAGAAGAAUAACAGUAGCUGUAGCAACAAAGGCUUUAGAUCUGAUCUUCAGAAACCCAGUGAUGAUCCUGAAAAUCAGGAACAGUCAGAACAUUUCCCAGUGAUUGACUCAUACCCUAACAUCAGUGGCAAGGACUACACAUUUGAUUCAGAACUCGCCGAGGCAAACUCCCAGGAGAAUUUGAAACCACGUAGAAAGACAUCCAAGCUGCAUGCACGCACAGACACUAGAAAUCCAAGGGAGACAUUUGUUGUCUCUAGGUGGAAGACUCAAGACAGUGAUUCAUUCAACACAAGGACAUCUGAUGUGUUGCACUGCCACAGUUACACCAAAGACACCAGUGAUCAGGUGGCUCAUCAGAAUGCGGGAGACCUGCUGACAGAGGAGAUGCCACCAUGGCUGGCCAUGGACAUCAGCGCUACUAACUCGGAGGUGGACUUUCUGCUUGCUAGUCCAUCAGUGACUGAGGAGUCUGCUGCUGUCGCAGCUGAAGCCACUCCAGGAAGAGUCUUAAUGUCGCUGACGAACACCAUUAAAGUCCCAGACAAUGAAAAGAGAGGGAGAACUAGAAGACAAAAUGCUGCUGUCAGCUACAAGGAGCCGCCCCUCAACAGGAAAAUCAGACGUGGAGAUAAAUUCACAGACACCAUGUUCCUGAGCUCUCCCGUGUUUAAGGAUGAAACGAAGAAGACGAAGAAGCAGAAAAAAAACGAAAAUAAGCUAAAGUCAGAAGGAUUCAUUUUGGUGGACUGAUUUUUACUUUCUUUUUUUUUUUUACCCAUUUUUUAUUAGCUUAUUAAAGAUCUUUUUAUUAAAACUUCAGACUUGUUUCCUAGUAACCACUUUGUUGUUGGAGGCCCCUGAUUCACACAUGAAGCUGUUCUGGGUAUUAUGAUAGCCACUGCUCCACUGGCUUUCCAGUGAUAUCCCAAUGGUAAUGGUCAGAGACGUUCACAGGAGGCGGGUCAUAAAUGAUUCAGUCCAGGCUGUUCACCUGAGAAGUGUGAUCUCUGUACGAACCUUGUGUUGCCUAGAGAGGUUACCAGAUUCAGUGUUAGGUGACUGCAGCCAAACAUGCUUCAUGAUGUGAACUGAAGGACUAAUCUCUUGUUUUUGCUUUAUUUAAAAAAAGCGUACAUAAGUGUGUGGUGAGUACAGAUACUUGCAUGUUUAAUUUGUUGCCAUUAUGCCACAGCUUGUUUUUUGUGUUCUCAUUAAACGUUACAUUGCACAGGA